UUAUUAAAAUUAUUGCGUAUCUUAAUGUAUAACAAUAAAAAUAAUCAUCGUUGUGAUAACGAAGAGAUACGUUAACCGUGUCUGAAGCGAAAGAUGAAGAAUCAAUAACAGUGGUGAAAAUAUCUGUCAAAGUGCACAAAAUUCUUACGAUUGUAUCGAUCGUGCGUCUCUGAGUUUCUUUUUUGUUUUUGAAAGUGAUUAGGUAUUGGAAAUUCGAAUAAAGCCCACGUUUAGAAUUUUCGCACUUACGAUGUGUGAAUAAUUUUUACAGUUAUUUUCAAAUUUUGGCAUAGAAUAGUAUGUGUGACGAAAAAAGAGAUACAGUUAACAGAGGGUAAAAUGAGAAAUUCAACGAUUCGAUCGCUCGGUCAAUGUAAGAAGUAAAAAUAAUUCCAGCACAAAAAGUAGGAAAAAUUCUCUCGAAUAUUGGAUUACCGCAUUAGUAAGGCAACACCCUCACGCAUGCUUCGGGUUUCAAACCGGUAAUGAAAUUACAGUAGGUAACAUGCCUCGUGAAAUUUUAUUCCCCACCUUUCGUUAUCGCAAUCUAGUUGUAGGCGCCGCGAUGUCCUUAGAACGGGAACUCGAUGCGAUUCCAUCCUCGUUUUCCUCGGAUGUAAAAUCAUUAACCGAAUCAAGCGCGAUGCUGAACCUGAGGAAAUUGCCGGACGCUGGCGUUCAGAACGGCGGUGGAAGAGCCGGAAUACUGAGCAUAGCAUCGGUCGAAAUAUCAGAAGAAACUGCGAGCACGCGAGUGGUUGAAAAAUUCGACAAACAGACCAAGAAGGUGGCAAAUCUCCCCGGCAGCGGUGAGACGGUGGAUUCGCACGGAGUGAAACUGGGCCUUACGGAAGGAGCGACGGGCCCAACCGAAAGCGGAAGUAGCGGCGAGUCUCUGGAGGCCUGCGGUAAAGAGCUGAGGAUAAUUUCCCUCGACGAGAUCGCCUGGCACGACACGCCCGACGAUUGCUGGUUUGCGAUUUACGAUUACGUGUACGAUUGCACCAGCUUCAUCGGGGAUCAUCCCGGAGGCGAUGACGUCCUCCUCGAGUACGCAGGUCGCGAUGCGACGCUCGCUUUCAUCGGCGCGGGCCAUUCGAAAUUCGCGCGAAAAAGCCUCGAGCGAUAUCUCAUCGGUGAGCUUCCGCACUCUGAGAGGAUAUUUCGAAUCGCUGACGGCGUCAAGGUUUUCGGAUACUAAUCGGAAGCUAGGAUAUAUUAAGAAAGGUGCGAAUCGGUGAAGAAUUUAUCGCAUCUCUCAGUUGUCACUUCAGAAUUAAAAUCACUGAAGGUUCGAGCUUUUGACAGUUUCGGCUCGCGCUUGUUGUACGAGUUACUUUUGGGGCGAAAAUUACUCGUUCAAAGAUUCUCAGAUUUCAGGAUAGCGAUUUCUUACUCAAAGCGUGUUUAGUUCCCUCUGAUAGGCGUUUGAGACUUUUUUUUUUUUUAAUAUUGUUCGAGUUUUAAAUGAACCUUUAUUCCGUCCUCAAUCGCGUGUAGUUUAUCGGAAUUUUUUCAUGCACGACAGAAACAUGCCUCGAAUAAUGAAAUGAUUAUUUUUUUUUUUUUUUUUCGAGUGAGUUGAUCACUCGUCAAAAUUUCUUUACAUUAAUACCGCACAAAGCGGAAUUUCAUUUCAUCGAUAAGUUAAUUAACUCGGUCAAUCUCGAAGGUUUAAGCCAGCGACAAUUUAAACAUUUACCACGGAAUAUUUAUUAUACUAUUUUUGAAGGGCGAUUUUGGAACUUCUGUACGAUAAACCCGGUCUUGUGGUAAAUUCAAGAAAACGAAUCAAUUUACAUUACUGCACUUAGUCGCAAUUGUAUCUCGGUUUUUUACCGACUAAUCGGUCGACGAUUAUCCAUAUGAAAAAAUGAAAACAUAAGAAAUCAAUUUAAUUAACGGAAUUUCCGCGAGUGUACAGCAUGUAAUUACGAUACAACGUAUCAUGCUUCGGAGAAAAUUGAUAGAAUCAUCAUACACUUGUUUAUAAGUGUAUGUGUAGAUACGUCUUCUUGGAUGAAACCCAUUGCAGAUGUGUCAGAACCCCGUCGUCCGAUCUUAGAUACCAGUUCAACACGAUAAAAAGCAAUUUUGUACUACAAACGAAGAAAUUUUUUUUUUAUUUUUUUUUUUUUUAUGAAAUCAAUCGUACCAUACGUAAAGUAAUAUAUUUAUUGAUUGCCUAUUUAUUUUUAUUUCUAUCGAAUAGAUUAUAUGUAUUGUACAAACGAGCAGCGUUUCUUUAUUUUCAGCUUUUGAUUACAUGGACGCUGUUUUGUUUCGGCACGAGAACCAGAUGUUUUCUCCUUGUACUUAAAUACUAAUACUAUACUUAUAUUAUACUUAGAUCGUAUGGAUGUUGAUCGCUAAGUAGUUUUGAAAAAAAAUCAUAACGGCAGUAGGUAUACGGAAAAAGUUACCAGCAAUAAACUAUUGCUGCACAGUAUUACAAAGAAAGUAAAGAGAAUACUAAGGUAGAUAUAUUGUACAUACAUACAUAAAGUUUUUUCUUUAGUAAUAAACGUAAUGAUGAUAUUACCACUAAGAAUAAUUUAUAGCCGUAUUGUUGGGAGAUAAUUGUGCAAUACGAGUUCAUGUAUAUGCAUAUCAAUAUAAGGUUAUUUGAAUUCUCAUUCUUUAUUUUCGUUUUUUUCAAUUCAUUUUUUACUAUUGUUCAAAUUAUCGCGUUGCCAAAUAUGUCAGACUUCGAUUUGUAAAUUUGUUUCGCAUUAACUGGUGAACAUUUCGUCAGUCGAUAUUAUCAGUUUAGAACACAAGAUACGUAAUAUAGUUUAUGAUUACAUACAGUGGUAUACUUGUUAUAUCUGUCAUGUGAAAAAUAAAAAAAGUUGACCAAAA